GUCAAAAGUGUUGAUUGAGUCGUCAUUUCAAUGUAUGCCUAAUAUCAUUCACUCUACGUGUGUAAGAAACAUUUUGAAAAAGUACAAAAAAAUAGGAAAUAUUUGAAUAAAUUUUAUUUUUGUUAGUUGAAUAUUCAUUUCAAAUAUUUCAAAACAAUAACAUCGAAAUACAAACAAAAAUAAAAUGGCAAACAAUCAAUAUUUGCAAGAGGGUUUCUCACAGGAUGUGAAAGACGAUCAAUAUUUCAUCGGCAAUGAUGUAGCCAGUGAGAAUGGUAAUCUACACGGAACAGAAAAUGGAAAUGAUGGCCAGAACGCGGAAGGACAAUCCCAACAAGUUGGAACACCAUCAGGAAGGAAUGACGACAGAGAAUUGUUCGUAGGUGGGCUGCGUGAAAAUGGAUUUGGAAAUAUUAUCGAAACAGAAAAUCGUUUGCAAGAGUAUUUUGGACAAUACGGUUGCAUUGAAAGGAUUAAAGUUCCAGAAGAUCCAAUAAAAAAGGGUCCACGAGGAUUUGCUUACAUCGUUUUCAAUUCAGCAGAGGCAAUUGAACGAGCUGUGAAUAUUUCAGUGCACAUUAUUAACGGUCAAUUUAUUUACGUAAAAAAGGCAGAAGAUCAUCCAUGUUCAAUCCAGGUUCUAUGUCACACACGUUGUGUAGAUAUUGAAAUUUUUUUUGAUCUUGAUGAAAUUUGUGAAAUUUCAUGCCGUCGAGUGGCUGGCAUGAACUGGCUCUUUCAGUUUAAUUUGGGCUCGGAACAAGUUGCUGACGAAUUAUUGAAGAAUGAUAAUAUCUAUGGCAACGAAGUAGUAAUGACUAAGUCGAGUUGCGCACCAGCAGAAAACGGUUCACCUGUAGGCUCGUUAAAUAUCUCUGAAGAAGGUUCGUCACCGCCAGGCCAUAUAAUCAGCACAUGCCGCAAACAGUUUGACGAAACAAAUGACAAAGGACUAAGUCAACCUCAAUUAAGAUUGAUUGAUGCACUCAAAUAUAUACGUGUUUAUUGGCAUAACCAUCAAAUCAAAAUUGAAAGAUAAAUAAUAUAAUUCGAUGCAAUGGAUUAUUUGCUAUCGAUUGAUCAUGAAAACAGUACCCAUCCACUCAAUAGUUUAACCAAUGACGCUAUAGGACUGUAUCGAUAUCGGAAUUUUGUUGCUAAACUGCGACUGUCAACAUGCAACAUUGUGCAUGAGAUUAUACAAUUUAUUCUAUUUUCGUAUUUUGUGGCCUUAUAUCGUCGUUGGAUGAACCAUAUAUGAAAUUGCCAUUCAAAUAAAACAAAAAAUAAAAAUUAUACGAAAAAUAUAGAUGUACCAUCAACACAAAUGGUAUUCAAAUCAGUUGAAAUCACAUAAGUGCGAAGUGAGUGUGUUGCUUCUGAUGUUCCAUUGCUAACAUUACUUCGAGCAUUUGUAUGAUUGUGAGAGACCGGUGUUUUUCACGACAAUCAUAACACUCAAAGGGUGUAUUCUUAUUGGAAUCGUGGCAAUAGAAAUGAAUACCAUCAUUGCUACAAAAACAGCACCAAUCUAUCGACCACUUUCCAUUCGUUGAAAAAUGUACCAUGUAGAGCAUGGAAUAUUAAGUAAAUACAAAUUGAAAAUAAAAUAAAAAAUCAUUCGCAUUUUGCUCUUUGAUGUGCAAUAGCCUAUUGGAAAUAAAAUUAAAAUUCAAAAAUUGAUCUUAAAAUGGUA